GAUGGCCAUUUUUACAAGAGGGUUUUGUUAGUGUAAUAUCUGAUGAGCUUUUCAGAUACGAGUUAACCACAUUGCCUAACGGAAAAACUCAAGUAAUAAAAAAUCCUCAUAGAACUGAGGUCCUUGAAAACUGGAGAAGAAAAGCUGAUAAAUUGGAGCGAGACUAUAGUAAAAGGCAGGGCACAAUUACCGGGACAGUAAAUGUUGUUGUCCAUGUUCUAAUGUUAAAAGGUCUUAAACGAUUAGACGACGGUGCCUUAAUAAAAGAAUAUCUUAGCGAAGGAAGCGAAAUUGACUUUGCAGUUCAAACGACUGUGGAUAGUGUUGAAUUUGAGGAUACUCGUUUCAAAGAGAAACCACCUAUUGCAAUCGAAGAUGAAUUUCCGUUGCGCACACAAGUUUUCUUUUUAGGCAAGAUUCAUUAUGGUUGUCCUGCUGAAGUUAUUGCUCAUGGGGACCACCAACUUUUGGAGAUCCGACUAUUAGUACCAAAAAAUCUCAAAGCACAAGAACCCGCAUUUGGCAGGGAGAUCGCACAAGACUUUACUAGACGAGUGAGAUAUUACCCGUCUUUUGUUGUCGCAAAAAGACUCGGUAUAAGUGGAUUGACCUUGAGUAAAUUGACAGCUAGUUUACAUGUUAUUGGCAAAGUAACUGAGCAGAGAUCCAAUUUGGGGCUCAAUUUGAAAUUUGAAGCAAAGAAGCAAAAAGUUCUGGGAUAUACUCGAAAGUCCAAAGAUUCUGGAUGGGAGUAUAGUGACAAAGCAAUUCAAUUAUUACAAGAGUAUAAGAGAAAAUUCCCGGAAUUUGUCCAGGGGCUUGAAAAUAUGCACAAAGAUGCUGAAGAUUUUUAUGAUAAAGAAGUAGCGGUAGACAAAAUCAAUGAAAUUAGAGAAUGGUUAAAGUCGGUGGAAGUACGAGAAUUUGAGAGGGUCGCUUUGGAAGCCGAGCAGCUAGAUAAGGAAGCAAUUGAUAAAAUUGAACAAGCUGCAGCAGAUUUAUUGAAAAUAGGGUCAAAAUACAAGAAAGUUUAUAUAAAGAAUAUUCCUCGACACGCAUUAUUGAAGCCUUCCCAUGCAUCAACUAGACUUCAAGAUCAAAAAUUUAGUCUUGGUGAUCGAGUCGUAUUUGUUCAGGAUUCAGGAAGUGUUCCUAUUGCCGCCAAAGGAACUAUUGUAGGAAUAGAAAGGCAUAAUAUAGAUGUCGUUUGCGAUUCUUCAUUUAUGAGCGGCUCUACUCUUGGAGACAGGUGUUCACCAUAUCGUGGAAUGACCGUCCCAGGUUCUGCGCUUCUUAAUCUAACUUCUCCUCAAUAUCAAGAAAAAAACAACCGCGCAAAUCACUCGGUUAGAUCACACACGAAUGCUCAUCAUGGGUACAAUUGGCAACAAAGUGCAUUAGCACAAACCAAUAAUUAUCAUCAAAGAGUCAACGCAAGAGGAAAUGGAAGUAGAAGCGGUGCGUAUUCCAUGAUAAAUGGAAACCAUCAAAAUGCAAGACAAAUUAUCCCUCGUCCACGCGCUGCCAAUUAUUCGAAUGGCAAUAACUAUAUGAAUUCAAAUAUACCAUCGUCUCAUACCACAACAUAUCGUGGCGCAUAUACUAAUAAUCUGACAAGAGGCAUUGUCAAUGGAGGAAGUGGAGGAAAUAAUUAUAUCUUAAGAUCAAAUAAUGGACGUGGUGGGAAUAAUGCCGUUGCUGGUGGACAUUAUAGUAAAGGGGAUAACCCGAGAUUUGGAGAAGGUAGUAAUCGAGAAAAGAGCAGAGUUGGGAGUAAAGCUUCUGUUAAUAAUCGUGUGUUCGAAGAUGAAAUAAAUAAUACACGAGGGAUAACCAGAUCUAAAAGGAGGAGGACGGAAGGUCCAUCAAAUCCAGUUGUUGAGUCUUCACGAAACGCACAAGGAAUUCCAAUAAUUUUACCUCCUUUGUUCAUUCACCCCACAAAUGCAAUUGAAGACAGGAGUACCGGAGCUCCAACAUUACCUUCCAUUCGUUCGGUAUUUUCUAAUGAUCUCGGGACACCUUUUAACAACAAUGAUCGUAAUAAUGAAAUUCCCUAUAUCGAUCUUACAAACAUUUCGUCACCUGAGGAACGAACACGCACUCCCGAUGUCGUAGAUCUAACAGUAGUUUCGAGCCCGGAUGUUUGUGUUUCUUCAUCGAAAGAUGUUAUUGUGAUUGAUGAUGAUCCAGCAGGAUGCGAAGAACAUUAUCCAUCAGCUAAGAAAACAUACAAAACUCCAAUAUUGGAAAUUAAGUGCGCAAUAUGCUUAGAACCCCCUUCGAAUGUUUCUUACACCAACUGUGGUCACAUAUUCUGCCGUGAAUGUAUCACUCAGGCCGUGAAAGUGCAGAAGAUGUGUUCACUUUGCAGAAAUCCAUUAAAUUUAAAAAAGGUCAAACGUUUACAAUUCAAAGUAAUGUGA